GGGCUGCCCCUGCAGCUGAUGAGCUGGAAACCCCGUGCUGGCACUCUGAGGGGGACCCAAGAUGGCGGAGUUUUGACUGAGGGAACUGCAAUUAUAAAAUAAAACAUUAAGAACAAGCGAGAAUUCGUAGAUAUUUAAGAGGUUUUACAUGGAAUAGAGUUGAACGGUUAUUCCGGUCGGGUUUAUGUGAUUUUGAAAUGUGUGGAAACUGAUAAGGAGAGGCUUGUCUCUCUCUGCGGCCCGGGUAUAGAACAUGGCGGAACGCUCGGUAAACAUAUAAAUAAUAAAGAUAAAUACAAAUACAAUUGACGUACUGUUUUGUAGGCACUUCAGUUCCCUCAAAUAAACCAAGAGCUGUAUUUUGCUGUAGAAUUAUACAGGUAUCUGAAAAUGAGAAACGCACACAGAUAAGGAAAUUCGAAAACAAAUACACCAGCCGUGGUCUGAAGCUUGAUUUUUUCCCACAAUUUUAUCAUACGGGUGGUCUCAUUGUUUUCUGAUUUUUUGACUUUUUUAUUUUAUUUUAUACUCUAUAAAAUUGAAUAUAUGUUCUAAGGGUUACGUAACUUAAGUUAAAAUGGCGUUAGCUCCCUGAAUUUGUAAAUAAAACAGGCCUCCUCCUAGUCGGGGUGAGAGUUUUUUAUUAGCUAGCGGUCGGUUAGCCCAGAGUCCCGGGUUUAGUUCACAGAGUGGGGUCGACGCUGGGUGUUGGCGCCAUUGCCUCUGUUCGGGUGUAAACAGCCGGUGGACAGACAGGAUGACAGACACUCGGCGGCGGGUGAAGGUGUACACCCUGAACGAGGAUCGGCAAUGGGACGAUCGGGGUACCGGGCACGUUUCCUCUGGUUAUGUGGAAAGACUAAAAGGCAUGUCCUUGCUGGUACGGGCCGAGAGUGAUGGCUCUCUUUUGCUGGAGUCGAAAAUCAGCCCAAAUACUGCAUACCAGAAACAGCAGGAUACAUUAAUAGUUUGGUCUGAAGCAGAAAACUAUGACUUGGCACUUAGUUUUCAGGAGAAAGCAGGUUGUGAUGAGAUAUGGGAAAAGAUAUGUCAGGUUCAGGGCAAAGAUCCAUCGGUGGACAUCACCCAGGAUCUAGUGGAUGAGUCCGAGGAGGAGCGUUUUGAUGACAUGUCCUCUCCUGGACUCGAGUUGCCGCCUUGUGAACUGAAUCGGCUGGAAGAAGUGGCUGAGCUGGUGGCCUCCUCCUUGCCUUCCCCGCUGAGACGUGAGAAGCUAGCAUUGGCUCUGGAAAAUGAGGGCUACAUAAAGAAACUCUUUGAACUAUUUCAUGUAUGUGAGGACUUGGAAAACUUGGAAGGACUACACCACUUGUAUGAAAUCAUAAAGGGAAUUUUUCUCUUGAACCGAACUGCACUUUUUGAGGUUAUGUUUUCAGAGGAUUGUAUAAUGGAUGUAAUAGGGUGUCUAGAACACGACCCUUCUUUACCUCAGCCGCGGAAACACAGGGAGUUCCUGACAAAGACGGCCAAGUUUAAAGAGGUAAUCCCAAUCUCUGACCCUGAACUGAAACAGAAAAUUCACCAGACGUACCGAGUACAGUACAUUCAGGAUAUGGUCCUUCCCACCCCUUCAGUCUUUGAAGAAAAUAUGCUGUCAACUCUUCAUUCAUUCAUCUUUUUUAAUAAAGUGGAAAUUGUCGGAAUGCUGCAGGAUGAUGAGAAGUUCCUGACAGACCUUUUUGCACAACUAACUGACGAAGCAACAGAUGAUGAUAAAAGGCACGAAUUGGUAAAUUUUCUUAAGGAAUUUUGUGCAUUUUCUCAAACGUUACAACCUCAAAACAGAGACGCCUUCUUUAAAACCUUGUCAAAUAUGGGCAUACUACCAGCAUUAGAAGUCAUCCUGGGAAUGGAUGAUGUUCAUGUGCGUAGUGCUGCCACUGAUAUUUUCUCCUAUUUGGUUGAAUACAACCCAUCCAUGGUACGGGAAUUCGUAAUGCAGGAGGCUCAGCAGAAUGAUGAUGUAAGUUGUGAUGAUGAUGAUAUUCUCCUUAUUAAUCUGAUCAUUGAACACAUGAUCUGUGACACGGAUCCGGAGCUUGGGGGUGCAGUGCAGCUCAUGGGCCUGCUUCGUACUUUAGUUGAUCCAGAAAACAUGUUGGCCACAGCCAAUAAAACAGAAAAGACAGAGUUUUUAAGUUUCUUUUAUAAACACUGUAUGCACGUUCUCACUGCCCCCUUGCUGGCAAACACAACAGAGGAGAAGCCCAGCAAAGGUGAGGCCACAACACAUCAUGAUGACUUCCAGACAUCCCAGCUCUUGGCCUUAAUACUGGAAUUGCUCACUUUCUGUGUGGAGCAUCACACCUACCAUAUCAAGAACUACAUUAUUAACAAAGAUAUCCUCAGAAGGGUGCUUGUGCUUAUGGCCUCAAAGCAUGCCUUUUUGGCUCUGUGUGCACUUCGAUUCAUGAGAAAAAUUAUUGGGUUAAAAGAUGAAUUCUACAAUCGCUACAUAAUGAGGAACUUUUUGUUUGAACCCGUUGUGAAAGCUUUUCUAAACAAUGGAUCUCGAUACAACUUAAUGAACUCUGCCAUUAUUGAAAUGUUUGAAUACAUAAGAGUGGAAGACGUGAAGUCCCUGACUGCUCAUGUAAUAGAAAAUUACUGGAAAGCUCUUGAAGAUGUAGAUUAUGUACAAACAUUUAAAGGACUGAAACUGCGCUAUGAGCAGCAAAGGGAAAGGCAAGACAACCCCAAGCUUGACAGCAUGCGUUCGAUACUGAGGAACCACAGAUACCGCCGAGAUGCCCGCACGCUGGAAGAUGAGGAGGAGAUGUGGUUCAACACAGAUGAAGAUGACCUCGAAGAUGGGGAGGCAGUCGUCCCUCCAUCGGACAAAAUGAAUAGUGACGAAGACCUCAUGGAUCCCAUAAGCAAAUUCAUGGAAAGGAAAAAAUUGAAAGAAACAGAGGAAAAGGAAGUUCUCCAGAAAGCUAAUGUCACAGGUCGGCAAAGUCCGAACUUCAAACUUUCCUUCUCCAGUGGAACCAAGCCGAAUCUCACCAGCCAGUCAUCAGCCAGUAAUCACCCAGGGUCUCCUGGGUCACCAGGGUCACCAGGGUCACCAGGAUCACCGGGCUCUCCGGGGUCUGUAGCCAAAAGCACACCACAAUCGGCAGCUAUCACUACCAAGGUGCUGUAUCAGUGUGAAGAGCAGGUUGCAAAAUCUACAGAUAAAGAAAAAAAUAGCAUGAAAAUGGAACAUGAUAUAAAAAUUGAUGUUCCGCUCGAUAGGACUACUUCAGGCGUUAUGUGUGAAGAAAGCAGGAAAGGAGGUCUUGUGGGGCUUGUGGAUUACCCUGAUGAUGACGAAGAAGAGGAGGAUGAAGAUGAUGUGGAUAACAAGGAGGAAAGUCCACCUCUGUCAAAAAAAUCCAGACUGGCGUCCUAAGUGUGACCCACCUACCCUCUGUCCUGGGCUUCUUUACCCACUUUACAGUAAAGUUUUCACAUGUAAGACACAAAAAAUCCACACGUUUCUGUGGUGGUGUCUGGUGUAACACUGUACCUGACAGAUCCAAUAAACCCAUGUGUAAUUCUGCUGAUCAAGUGCCAUUUUGAGGAAACAAUAGGAGAGAAUCAAUUUUAUAUUAAACAAAAAUAACUAAUUACUAGACGAACUGUGGGGGGAAAAAGAGACUGACGCCCAUGAACUUACGGGUUCGGACCACACUUUGCCCCUUUCUCAGGGAUGGACAAAACAACAAGCCCAUACGGCAUGGAUAUCCAGUACUAGGACUCCUAGGCUGACUGAUUUCUCCAGUCAGAAAAUAAUUGUUCUCUCGGACCAGAUGCAGACCAGAAGAAAUGGCUAUUGCCCAGCAGUAAUUCUUCCCAGUAAUGCCAGCAGUUUCUUUGAAAAGAGAAGCCUGCCUUCAAACAAUACAUGUUCAGGGCAUUUUAAGUCUCACUAGAACAGGUUUUUAAAACCUGUGUAUAGGGGGUAAAGUUGAAUAAAUUCCCCUCUUUUAUCCUUUCUCUUUUUUUGCCCUUUAAAACUGCAGAUUUUGGAAAUUUGUCAUCCCUUCUUGAUUAAAGAUUGAGUGGAAUUCUAGAUGUGAUCAUUUUGUCAUAUCUUUUUCAUUUUCUUUUUUCUUUGAGUGUACACCUAGUUGUUGAAUAUAUUUGGGACCAUUAAAAAAAGAAAUAUUUGAUGUAGUAUAAUUUCACUGUUGUGCUGGUACCUGCAUUGUUUGUUUUUGUUUUGUUUUUUCUUGCAUUAAGAUAAGGUGAAUCAGGUGUAAUGGGUUAACUGAAAACUGCAUCCAGUAGCAAUACUAUUUUGUGACUGAAUAUUUUAUAUUGAAAUUUACAAACUGUCAAAUGCCGUCCAUUACAAUAAAACAGCACUGUAAAAUUCCAA